AUGUUCCGUCGUCUUGGUCAGCAGAAUUAUCGAGCCGAAAGUCCAAGUGUCGACUUGAAUGGAUCGGUUUCUUUGUCGGUACACAGUGAUCUAUCUCCUCUUGAUUUGGACAGCUCUUCCACACGAAUCUCGUCCGAACUCGAAGACAUGUCGAUGACGAGCAAUAGCGAAAAGAACUCUGAAUCUAUCAGAGAACAUCGGAUUGUAGAAAAACCCGAGAUCGCUAUGAUUGUAGCCAAUAUCUGCAGGAAGACGAAAAUCCGACCGUAUCUCAUCAAUCUUGAUAUCGAUAUGCUAUCCGCUGAAGCCGUGCUACGCUACAAUAUCGAUCGGUCGAACAUAAAUGAGACACGUAUCGAUUGGUUACUUACCUACACAAAAUAUCAG